AUGGGUAAGACCUGCUUAUUGAGCAGAACACUACCAAUGUGGAAUAUUUUGUUAUUAUUUGCUUUUAUUCACUACUCAUCUUCCUAUCGACUCAAUGUACCACGUGUAUUACUACCUUACCAUCCUACUAUUCCUGUGAAAUUCCUGCUAGAAGUAACUCAGCCAUCCGGAGGAUGUUUCGUUUGGCGAUCGACACGCCCCGAUGUGGUUUCCGUCACGCCGGUCGGAGUGAAACCUGGCGAAUGCUCGGAUAAAGCCGAAGUCCGUGCCACAGCCAAAGCCGUGUCCGGAGAAUUGAGUGCCGUCAUUUUUGCUGAGGAUAGUGCAUCAGGAACAAUGCUCAGCUGUGGCGUCACUGUGGAUCAGAUCUCAGGAAUCCGGGUGGAAACAACCACAAAGAUCCUUUUCGUCGAUGCAGCACCAGCACGUAUGAUCAUUGAGGCGUUCAACUCAGAAGGUGACAAAUUUUCGACGCUCAGCGAGAUCCCAAUCGAUUGGGAACUGUCACAUUCUGGUGAUGGUCGUCCUCUUCGAAUUGUUCCAUUUGAACAGUCCACCUAUGAGGCUCCACCGGAAAUUAUUGCCUUGGAGAAUAAUAAGAAGAAAGGUUACAUUAUUCUCGUGGAAGGAGUUUUAACAGGUUCUGCAACAUUGACUGCACGUUUCGCUGAGCCCCAUUUCGCUAAUAUCGAAUCUCAUAGCCUGGAGCUUACCGUUGUCGCUAAUCUUUUACUUCUACCUGCCCAUGAUCUCUAUUUGUCAGUACAUGCAGUGGUGCCCUUCCAAGUACAAAUUGUUAGACAAAGUAGUACCGAAGGUUUGUGCUUUCGCUCAGAAUUGUUAUUGUGA